GGGAAGUAUUAAAUGAAAACAUGAAGGUCAGAUGAAAAAAAGUGAAAUUUCUGUGAAUAGGUGAACUUCUCUGUGGCGUCUGAUGAGGAAGCACAGCGCCGUGACAGAGGAGCUGCAGACAGAGCAGCUGAGCUGAUGCCGGAUAGCGUUUUUGCAAGACAGGAAACGAGAGAGGCAGACGGAUAGAAGCAGAGAGGACGAGUCUGUCUUCUGCAGCACGCACAUCUCCAACAUCUGCACGACAGCGGCGAAGGAAAGGAGAGCGUCGAGCUGAAGAGUCAGAAAUGGGCACCGAGGAGAGAGAUUCGGAGCCUGCAGCUCAGCCCAAAGAGCAGGAGUCCCCGGACAAGGACAAGGAGCUGCAUGUGGAGUCUCCCCAAGGAGCAGCCGCCGAGCCCGCCGACCCCCUCAACACCUACAAGUGGCACACCGGCUCCAAGGGGACGCUGGACGAGCUGAAAGAAGAAGCAGAAGCAGCAGGAGGAGCAGCAGCAGCAGCUUCCACAUCCACCAUCGACAGGAUUCAAAAGGCCUCCAGCAACAAAUGGAACAAGAUGCAACAGUGGCGCAAGGCCCUGAGCGAGGAUCCCGGCGACAAGACCUCCCCCAGGGAGGGGGCCAAGCCGGACAAGGGCGCCGGCGGAGGCAGGAAGAACCCGUUCAAGAGGGCCCAGUCCGAGCCCUCGGGGUCGCUGUUUGCUGGCGUGUCGGCGUCCUCCAGCUCCGCCGGCGCCGCUCCAUCCUCAGCUGCAGCCGCCGAGGCCUCGGGGGCUUCCUCCCCCGCCGACGCCUCGCAGAAGGCCGGAGGCGGGGCGCUCCUCAAGAAGUACCUGAGGACGGUGUCCCAGAAGCUCAAGAGGCCCCGGCUGCAGAGUCGCAACAGCACGCCGUCGUUACUGCACGCAGAUGUGGCCGAGUCAGAACCAGCACCGACGGAGCUCCCUCGACUGCCGUGGGCUCCGCCUCAGGAGGUUCCUCUGUGGGACAUCAGCAACUGUAUGCUGGAGGAUGGACAGAUUCUCAUUUCUCCAGAGGAAGAGCCCACCAUGUGGACCAGAAACCGGGUCAGCAGCUGCUUGUACAACGUCAGCCUGCAGAACCUGGUGGACAUCGACUCAGAAUGCAGUCCGGACCCCGUGGGCGUGCCGGGAGGUCCUCGGCAAAAGAACCAAGAUGGCGGCGUGAUGGCGCUGAUCAAGCGACGCCGCGAGAACAAGGCCAAGAGGAACAGCAACACCCAGCUGGGACUGACCAAAGGAAGCAGGCACUAUGGUUCCCGGGAGUCUGUCUCAAUUCCAGUCAGUCCAGUUGGGAGUCUAGAUUUGAGUGCAGACACCAGUACUGUCAUCAGGCCGGUCCACAGCUCCAUUCUGGGGGAGAAGUACUGCUUCGAGGUGAUCAACUCUGAGAACACCCACUGCUUUGGCUGCUCCUCAGCUGCUGAACGUGACCGCUGGAUUGAAGACCUGAGACGGGCUGCUCAGCCCAAUAAGGAUAAUAUUGAGCGCACAGAGAACUCCCUGAGUCUGUGGGUGAACGAAGCGAAGGAUCUGCCACCCAAACGGCGCUAUUACUGCGAAUUGCAUCUGGAUGGCACUCUGUUCGCCCGCACCAGCAGCCGAGCUGUUGGCAAGCCAUCGAACCGCUCCAGUCUGGCAGGAGAUGGUUCCACUGGGUCUUUGGGAGGCCUGGGGGCCAGUGGAGGUGCAACUGGAGGGUGUCAACUAUUCUGGGGUGAAUUCUUUGAGCUCGACAACCUGCCCUGCGUCUCCCAAAUCAGCCUGCACCUCUUCCGCGAAGAAGACCCCAAGAAAAAGCGUCACUCCCGAGACGAGUUCAACCUGCACCCACUGGGGAGCGUGGCCAUACCGCUGGCUGACAUUCGAGGGAGGACCUAUCAGGAGAAGUGGUACCCCAUCGCUCCAUACAAGUCGUCCGGCACAGCAGGGAACAAAGAGCUGCUGGGUCCACAGGCUUCACUCCGCAUCAAGGCCCGCUUCCAGAAUUUGCAAGUGCUGCCGAUGGAGAAAUACAAAGAGUUUGCCGAGUAUGUGACGGUGGAUUAUGUAGAAAUGUGCAGAAACCUGGAACCACUUCUGAACGUGAAGGAGAAGGAGGAGCUGGCAGGAGCUUUGGUCCACGUUCUCCAGAGUAUCGGCAAAGCCAAGGAAUUUCUCAUCGAUUUGGGCAGUGAUGAGGUGCAACGUCUUGGUGAGAAGGAAGCAUUAAUCUUCAGAGAGAACACCCUGGCCACCAAAGCCAUAGAUGAAUAUAUGAAGCUGGUUGGCCAGAAGUACCUCAUUGACACACUAGGAGACUUCAUCACCCGUCUUUACGCUUCGAUGGAGAACUGUGAGGUUGACCCCCGUAAAUGCCCGGCCUCUGACCUGGCAAACAACCAGAAGCACUUGAGGGAAACCUGUGAGGAAGUGGUGCAGAAGAUUAUUGAGAUCCAUGGACCCUUUCCUGAAGAGUUACACAAAAUCUUCUCCAGCUGGGUGGAGCUGUGUGAAGACCAGGGCAGAGUGGAGAUCGGCCAGCGCCUCAUCUCGGCUUCUCUCUUCCUUCGUUUCUUAUGUCCUGCUAUUCUCAGCCCUUCCCUUUUUGGUCUGACGCAACCGUAUCCGGAACCAAACACCCUGCGUACCCUUACCCUGACCGCCAAAGUCGUCCAGAAUCUGGCAAACUUCACCCUGUUUGGAGAGAAGGAGGAGUAUAUGCUGUUUAUGAACGAAUUCCUGCAGCAGCACUGGGACGGAAUGAGGGGCUUCCUACAAACGGUGUCCAAUCCAGACACCGAAAUCACAAUGUCUUCCUUCGACGGCUAUGUGGAUUUGCCUCUGCGUUUGGCUGUGCUCCAUGGCCUGCUGGUGGACAUAAUCUAUCAGAGGAACCAGGAAACAAUUGACAAGCUGCACCCUCUGCCUUCGAUUCUGAACCAGAUAUCAGAUUCGCUGGGCCCUGAAGCACCUCGGAUUAUUGUUAGUAGUCAAAUGGGACAAGCCAGACCAGACUACAUUCCACCAAAAGACCUGGACAAGUACAGCCCUCACUUGUCGUCCCUCCAGCAGCUUCCUGUCGACUCCAAAGGAAUAAGAGAAGGGGAUGGCCGGACUCGCAGGAGAGAGAGGAAACCAGUGGCCAGGACUCAGAGCGCUCCACACCGACGUCCUGGUCACGCAAAACACACCUUAAAGAGGCAGACGAGCUCUGAAGCCCUGCCGACAUCUGACCACGAACAAGAGGCGGAGACCAACCAACCGCUCAUCUCACUGCCAAACACCAAUUCCAGCAUCAAGCGUCAACCUGCACCGGUUCCCUGGAUUAAAAUCAACCACAACAGGGAGACGAGUGACUCCAAGACUGAGAUCGAGCAGUUCAGCUUACUGGACAGGCACGCUCAGGAGCUGUCCGAGCUUCGUCUGGGCAUCGAGCAGGUGACCGAGCGGGAGCUGGACAUGGCCAAGCGCCUGGAGGACUUCAUCAACCAAAGCCAGGACCAGAACAUGAUGCUGCAGGCGGAGGUGACGGAGCUCCGCAGUCUGCUGGCCGUCCGAGAAGAGCAGCUGGCCAGCGCCACCUUCAGGCUCGGCGUGAUCGAGGAGGAGCGGGAGGAAGACGAGAGGAAGCUGAGUGUCGCGAUUGCAGCCGCCGAGAGGAUGAACGUCCUGGAGGAGCAGUUUGCAGGCCUGCUGAGGGACCUGCAGCAGCUCAGCAGCCAAAACAACGUCCAGCAUCCCGACAAGCCGCAAAUCAACAGCAACUGAACCGCAGCAGAGAAAUCAAGGUUUUAGCUUCACAGUCUUUGUAUAGAUGCACACACGGAGCUCAUGAGGAAGCUGCAGUCACGUUUGCUUCCUGAACCGAGGUGAACAUGCAUUUCUGCUUCUGUUGUGACCCGUUUGACUCGGAAACCUCUGAAUAAAAACAGCUUCUCUUGUC